GAGAGCUUAAGGGAUUUUCAGAUAUAGGUUCUCCGGCGAACUUUCCGGUGAGAGGAAAGGGAGUUAGGGGUUUAAUUUUCUCCGGCGAAUUUCCCGGUGAGAGGAAAAAGGGAACUGUUUCUGCACUCAACAGUAUGCCAAUCAAAUGGGUUUUGCACUGGCAUCCAAAUGCAGGGACAACAGUCAACACUCAAAUACUGACAGAAGUAUCUCAAUGUGUUGAGAGCAUUAAUGGUGUUAAAGAAGGAAGGUGGAAAGAUACUCUUAGUUUCUAUAAACCCAUGCUUAGAGUCGAACAAGCAAAUUCACUGGAGUUUCCCCGAGAUUUUCUGGGGAUUUCACUUCAAGAACAGCCCAACAAGUAUUACAUGGUAAUUAGAGGGCAACGGUUGAUCAUUGAAGCAGAGUCAUCAAUUCAGACGAUAAUGGAGAAGUUGCAGUCAUACAAAACGAGGGUUGCACUUAAUUUUGAGGGGUUUCAGUAUCAACUUGGUGACUUUCAGCUGCGAGUGGGAAAAGUUGUUACAAUACACUCUGAGAACUUGAGGGGAAUAGUUAUGGAGAUGGAGUAUCUUCCAAUAUCCUCAUGGGAGACAUCGCACCAAAUUAUGGGUGAAUUCUUCGACAUAUGGCAGGAAGCUCUUGGAAAACGAUCAUUACCAGGUCAUUUUGUGCACGUUGAACCAAAUUUUUCAGAGUAUGGUCUCUCUGAUCAAUACACUUCACAGCACACAGCUGUACAGUAUGCUAGCAUCAUGGCUCAAAUGAUAGCAACAGCUCAAUCAUCACAACCAAUGAGAAAUUAGGAAGUAGCAUAAUGUUCUGUUGACAGUAUAACAUUUUGGCCUUGGUACCUGUUGUAUUCUCAACACACAAA